GAGAGAAAUGUGGCCAGGAGAGGAAUGCCGCACAACUUUACGAUGAGGAGGAACCGGAAGAGAGCCUCGAGUCGUCACAGAAUCGACGACUGAUUAUGACGCGCGUCCGCACGCGGUGGCAUUUCUCUCGUCUCCUCCUGUUGUUCUCUUCCUCCGGAGCCCUUCAGGCACAUCACUACCUGACCCUUCUCCUUCUCGGCCUUACCUCACUCCACACAACCUUAACGUGUGACGAGAAGACGAGGCCCCAGAGCCGUGACCUGAGCACGCUUCCCCGUUACCUUGAAAUACAGAGACACUCGAAGUGGAUAGACCUCGGCGUUACCGGAGUGAUUCCGGAAUGGAUGCAACGCGAAAACGAAGCUUUAAGCAUGGCUGGUCAAAGUGCUAGCGACGUGGCCAAUAACGAUCAUCCCAGUGAUUCGCUAAAAACUCAAUGGAACCACGAUGGAUUCGAUCCGUUAAUAACAAAACGAGCUUAUUUCAACGAUGAUAUCUUCGCAAGCCGUGUUAACGAUCGAGUGUAUUCUAAAUACGCAAAUUAUUAUUCGAAACGGAAAUCUGACGAUCGAUUAAGUAAUCCUGCGAAAACUCGACAAGUUCGUAACGGAAGCAAUUUUCAAAGUAUGAAGCAGCGUGAAGAAAGUGCGAAGAAAUGGUUGAGUAAUCUGAUCAAAAAACGACAUGACGUGCCAAAGCUUCAAGUUACUCCUUAUUACUUGGUGAAUCAGGCUGUGAACAAAGUUCAUUUUCGCGAUAGUGAUAAUGAAGCAAGCGUAACAAUUUUAAAUGGACCUCGCCGAAGUGCCAGCAAUCUACCCGAGAGUUCCGUUCACGAUCGCGAUGCCGAGGAGGCAUUAAUCGACGUUCCGAUCGAUCAGUUGGAUUCGCGCGAGGCUCCAAGUGUCAGUUAUCCGACGAGGAAUCGACGAGAUCGUAAUGAAGUCAGUUUCAAGGCAGAACGAGCGAAUCUAAACGGUGAUAAUUUAUUCGAAACUCCCGUUAAUUAUGCGAAUAAACGCACAAGCAAUUAUUCGGCCCAUCGAAGUUCACGAAGGAGUGAGGUCUCAAGCCGAUUGAGCAAGAGCGAUAUUGACGAGCAUCACGAUAAUCUCGCGAGUGAUCGAAGCGGGAUUGUCGGCUUCUGGACCGCGAGACAAACUCAUUUAAACCGUCGCAAUAUACAUGCACUUGAUAAUCGAAGCGACGGUGCACGCAAAUUUGGAAGCCAGGCCGACCGGCUUUACAAAAGCGACGAUAUCGUAAUAAAUGACGUUCGUAAUGAGUUCACGAACGCGAACACGAACGAUUCAGUCAAUGCAAUCGCGAUUGACGCGGUUGCCGAUGACUUCGACAUUGGCACCAUUUCAAUCGAGAAUCAAAACCCAAUCGAACUCAAUGGAAUUUCGGAAAUUGAGAAUCGGACUGAUGUCAACUCGGAGUACGUCGAUAGUUUCUUGGAUCUCAGUGCGGAAAUUUCCCCGGCGAAUUGUCGUAACGUCGCGUGCUCCAAGUCGAGUGGUGGCGACGUAUCGAUGAUUAAAAUAAAGAAGUUUGGUGAAACGACGGAAUCCCAAGAAGAUCAAGAGUACGAGGACGAAGAUCAUUUUCAGCGAGUAGGCGAAAUAACGGCGAUGCCUGGUAACGACAGUAAUACCGAUAUCGACAGCGAAGCGCCUUUCACUGGCUUCGAGGGCUCUCAGAAAUUUCCCGUAAAAAUCAAUCACAAGUCGCCGCCGAUGCCGCCGCAAGUUGAAAAGUUUGACAGGCGACACUUCGGCCCGCACAAGGAAGACGUAGUAUUUGAAGAAACAUCUACAUGGUCCCCGAGUAUCCUGCUUCCCGAUCUACCAAAGAGUCCCAGCAAAAACGUGCUUCAUCGCAAAACGAAUGAUCACAUUUCCAACGACGACGUAAACGAGAUGGACAAAACGGACAAUAGAAGUGAAGAGACGACGGAGAUGGACGAGAAGCGGAAUAAUACUUACGACGAAUCAUGGCUACCCGGCACCGAAAUAUCGGGAGGACAUUUGUCGGGCUUCUCAGAUGUCGGGAACUCCGACGAAAAAUUCGCAGUGACGUCGAACAUCGCAGAUAGUGAAUUUGAAAACGCGACGCGCGACAGGAACGAUUCCGACAGCAGGACGAAGAUCGACGUAACGAUACCUAGUGUGAGACCGAUAGAGAAAAUAAAUAUAACUAUCCUGGGUCUCUUUGAGAUGACACACAGGGCAGUACCGAGACUGGAAGGUUCCAGUGAACUUCAAGCGGCUAAAUUGGCGGUUGAGCGUGUCAACGAAUUGGAUAUCUUAAAGCGCUUUCGUCUGCGGCUUAUUUAUAAUGAUACUAAGUGCGAUUCUGGAGUGGCUGUGGACAGAUUCUUUCACGCGUUGUAUUCAACGAGGAAGAAACACUUGAUGCCGUUCCUGCUCGGUACAGCUUGUUCCGAAGUCACCGAGACUCUGGCCAAAAUUGUUCCUUAUUGGAACGUGAUCCAGGUAUCAUUUGGCUCGACGGCACCAGCACUCUCAGAUUCCAACGAGUUCCCCCUAUUUUUGCGAACCGUUGCACCGGAUUCGAGUCACAAUCCAGCCAGGAUAGCAUUGAUCAAACACUUUGGAUGGGACACCGUCACCGCGCUUUCGCAAACAGGCGACAUGUACUCCUUGGCAGUGAAUGAUCUGGUCACGGAACUGGAACAGGCGAAUAUCACGUGCACCGCAACUAUCACAUUCGCCGAGAACGAUUACAAGGAACAGCUACGAACCUUAAAGGAAUUGGACACUAGGAUCAUUAUUGGAAGUUUUUCACCGCAAUUGGCGCAACGUGUCUUCUGUGAGGCCUGGAAACUCGGGAUGCACGGCGGCGAUUACGCGUGGAUUUUGCCAGGUGAAACCAUCGACUCCUUAGGGAUAACGGGCAAUUGGUGGAAAGUCGGCGGAGAGUGUUCGCCUUCUCAGCUGUCACAGACUCUGGAUGGUUUAAUCAUCGUCAAGAGCCACGCUACGGUUGUAGGAAAUGAGACCAGCGUCUCGGGACUGACCAGCAAGAAAUUUACUUCGGAGCUGAAUAAUACAGGCGUCGUACACUCGAAAUUCGCGAGUCAAACCUAUGAUGCCGUAUGGGCCAUGGCACUCGCCCUCGCAAAAACUGAAGUCCUUCUAAAUCGACGAAACGAGAGUAUGGCGCAGUACGCUCACACGAGGAAGGACCUCACCAAGCUUUUAUUGAAGCAGCUUAAGGAUCUGCGCUUUAUCGGAGUUUCGGGUCCGGUUUCCUUCGACGAUGCAGAUCGCGUUGGCAUCACAGCGUUUUAUCAGAUGCAUGGACACGAUAUUAAGAGAAUAGCUAUCUAUACUCCUGAAGAUGAGAAACUGAUAAUGAACUGUCCAGGAUGUGAGGCUACAAGAUGGCCCGAAGGGCAAGUACCAGCGGCUCGCAGGGUCUUUCGAUUACGAAUGGUGACAGUGGCACCCGCCGCGUUCCUCGCUAUCACUUGCAUCGCCAGUGUCGGUGUUACCUUGGCGCUCGCUUUUCUAGCCUUUAAUCUUCACUUUCGCAAGCACAAAAGCAUAAAACUUUCAAGCCCGAGGCUGAAUAAUAUGGCAGCCGUUGGCUGCGGCCUGGUCUACGGUGCUGUUAUACUUUUGGGACUGGACGACGCCACGCUUCCCGACAGCGAUGGUUAUUAUCCUACGGUGUGCAAGGCAAGAGUGUAUCUACUAUCGGCUGGCUUCUCUCUAGCUUUUGGCUCGAUGUUCACGAAGACUUAUCGGGUACACAGAAUCUUCACCAGAAGCCGAAGCGGAGUCGUCAAGAACAAGCUGCUCCAGGAUACGCAGCUGAUAUUCUUGAUCUGCAUGCUCCUGGUGAUCGAUGUCGUCGUAGUGACCCUAUGGGUAAUUUUGGACCCGAUGCAACGUCAUCUACAAAAUCUUACCCUAGAAAUAAGCCCACAGGACCGAGGGGUCGUCUAUCAGCCUCAGGUAGAGGUAUGCCGUUCGCAGCAUACGAACGGCUGGUUAAGCGCUCUCUACGUUUACAAAGGUUUAUUACUCGUAGUCGGAGUCUACAUGGCUUGGGAAACAAGGCACGUAAAAAUUCCAGCCCUAAACGAUUCGCAAUACAUCGGUAUGAGCGUGUAUUUCGUGGUAAUCACGUCGGGUAUCGUCGUAGUGCUAGCCAAUUUGAUGUCCGAUCGCGCGACCCUGGCCUUUGUCACGAUCACUGCCCUGAUUCUGGCCUCGACUACGGCGACCCUGACGCUUCUCUUUUUGCCCCAAUUGGCGAAUAUCCUGGCAGGAGAGAGAGCCGAUCCGGUCGUGCAAAGUCUUGGUCUCAAGAUCGAAUGCAACACACGUAGAUUCGUCACUGACGACAGAAGGGAGCUACAAUAUCGUGUGGAGGUGCAAAACCGAGUUUAUCGUCGUGAGAUGGCACAGCUGGAAUUGGAAUUGGCUAGAUUGGAGAAACAACUGGCACAGGAGCCAGUAGAGCCGUCACACACCUCAUCAAGCGCCUCGAUCCCACAACGAAAUCCAAGUAUUGGAGGCGGUUUACCUCUUUUGUUACUCAGUGUUCUUCCGCCGGUUAUCCCUCGAGCUAGCUGGCCUUCCGCAGAUUCGUCCGGCAUACGUCGCGGUACCGUAGCAUUUAGCAGUCAACCGGAUCUGGAGCCCGACGAUCCCAGACAAAGCCUGGCCGACCUUUACAAGCUACAUCGUCGCCGGGAGACCGAGGGUCCAAAUCGGCUGGGCGUUUUUCAACGACUCUUCAGUCUCUUCGGCAGCAGGCCGAGUAGCAGAAAGACCUCCACAGCAUCGUUCACCGGGGUUGCAUCAGCGCUUCGAGUCCAUAUGGGCUACAUCGCUGGUUUAGUGCCCGGCGCGAAAGCUGCCUCUACUUGCCAAGUCGAUGCCCAAGGCACUCAUUCACCUCAUACACGAUGCGGUUCAGGACCAAUAAUUAGCAUUACUAGCGAGGAAGACCGUAGGUUAAGCUUAGUAGGACUACGUCGCAAGGAAAGUAGCGAGCCUAAAGUAAAUUUCAGUCUACCGCCACAGACGAGCACGAGCCAGUCAUCUUCUCGAGAAAAGAUACGCGGCUCACCUCGGUUUCCUCAUCGAAUAAUUCCAGCGAACAGUUUAAGCGCCAUUGCACAAGGUACAUCGGUUACGAGACCGCAUCGUUGGCAUUCGAUGGAUGAUGCGACGAAACCGAAGGUUACCCAAACAACAACUCGUGGUUCGUGCAGUCCCAACUCCGACGUAUGGACCGCGAGCGAGAUCAAGGUUUCUUUCAGCGAGGCCAAUACUGUCAGAGUCAAGAAACCACCGGAUUCUUUAGUCUUAACUAUCCCCGUAGAUUCAAAGAUGAGUCCAAUCGAUACAAGACUGGGCAGCGAUCUAAGAAAGCUAUUCAGAGAAAACGAUAGCGAAGAGGCAGUCAGUCCUGCUGAACACGAACUAAAGACGAUGCAGUCGAGUUCGUCGUCCUCUUCGUCCAUGAAAAUAAUCGGUGAUUCUGCAUCUUUAAAGAACGAUUCCACCCCAGAGACUCGACACGAUAUCGUACCGAAUUUCCGUCAAGAAUCAAAGCCUCGUCCAACGAGUCCAGUGAUCUCGAUAAUCGAUAUGGAUAACCCAGAGGAGGAAUCGAAUACUGAUGUCGAUAGUAAUGUCAGUACUUCCUGCGAAGAGAAGCGAUCGACUCCUGUAACGUAAAAUAUUGCACGUAACAAUUUCGUCUAAGUGAUAUAAAGUGUAUUAAAGUUUAAGAGAAAAGAUAUAUGAGGAAAAAACUUACGUUGAUUUUCUCGUGGUCUAUUUGCAACAUCUAAUAUUUCAAAGUCCUUCCGAAAGUGGGACAGCGAUUCUAUCAAAAUUCCUAAUUAUCGUAGCCGCUUAGACAAUCUAACACGAAUUGAAAAUUUCUAUUUAGAUGUUUCAUGUGAUAGACGAAGGAAAAUUAUCAUGCAGCAUGAUAAGAGAUAAUUAAAGUUAUCGAGGCGCAAUAUAUAUUAGGAUUUUCGUAACAGAGUCUGUGCAAUAUAUUAUAUAUAAUAAUAAAAUAUAGCGUACAUUAGCUAGCUUUAAAUCAAUAUGUCAAAAAUCGAGUAGAUCUUUCGAUAGUCAAUUCAAAAUCCAACGUUAAAUAAUGUUAAUGUUGUUUAACAAUUAUUUAUUAAGCGUUACAUGAUUCAGUCGGAAACUGUGCAAUGGAACAUUAUAAAAUCGACAUUGUUAAUGCAAUAUAGAUUAUCAAAGGGAAAAGACAAUAUGGACAUCCGGCUCAACUUGUCGUGAGAAUUGACUUUAUUUGUGCUCAAAUCAAUAAGCGGAAUAGUGCGUCAAGAUUGUGCGGAGACUCUUCAAAGUGGCGUAUGUGUAAAGUAAAUGCGAUGAUCAUGAACCAAUCGCAAUGUAAUCUUAAACAUGUGUGUUCGCUAGUAACUGUGCCAAAAAAAAAGAAAAAAAAGAAAAGAAUAGCAAAUUUUAAGACCCGUAAGAGUAUACGUUUGUCUUGGAGGAUUAUAAAAGG